AGCGCCCAGCUAGUACUACUAUAUCAAUACUAGCUGGACCCUUUCCACUCCCCUCACCUCUCACUGCCACUGCCGCGAUCCAUCCCGGCAGCGACCUAGGGAGCGAGGGAGAGUCUCGGCCGGCCGGGGCAAGCUAGCUCGGCCGCCACCAUGGCGCGGGAGGAGCAGGCGCUGCUGUCGACGGAGAUCAUGAACCGCGGCGUGGAGCCGUCGGGCCCGGACGCCGGGUCGCCGACCUUCUCGGUGCGCGUGCGCCGCCGCCUGCCGGACUUCCUGCAGUCGGUGAACCUCAAGUACGUGCGCCUAGGGUACCACUACCUCAUCAGCCACGGCGUGUACCUGGCCACCAUCCCCGUCAUCGUGCUCGUCUGCGGCGCCGAGGUGGGCAGCCUCAGCCGCGACGAGCUGUGGCGCAAGGUCUGGGGGGAGGCCACCUACGACCUCGCCACCGUCCUCGCCUUCCUCGCCGUCCUCGCCUUCACCAUCUCCGUCUACAUCAUGUCCAGGCCUAGGCCCGUCUACCUCAUCGACUUCGCAUGCUACAAGCCGGCCGACGAGCUCAAGGUGUCCAAGGCGGAGUUCAUCGACCUAGCACGCAAGUCCGGCAAGUUCGACGAGGACAGCCUGGCGUUCCAGUCGCGUCUGCUGGCCAAGUCCGGCAUCGGCGACGAGUCGUACAUGCCGCGCUGCGUGUUCGAGCCCAACGCCAACUGCGCGACCAUGAAGGAGGGCCGCGCCGAGGCGUCGACGGCCAUGUUCGCGGCGCUGGACGAGCUCUUCGACAAGUGCCGCGUCCGUCCCAAGGACGUGGGCGUGCUGGUGGUCAACUGCAGCCUCUUCAACCCGACGCCGUCGCUGUCGGCCAUGAUCGUGAACCACUACAAGAUGCGCGGGAACAUCCUGAGCUACAACCUGGGCGGCAUGGGCUGCAGCGCGGGCGUCAUCGCCAUCGACCUGGCCCGCGACAUGCUGCAGGCCAGCGGCGCCGGCCUUGCCGUGGUGGUCAGCACGGAGGCCGUCUCCUUCACGUGGUACCCCGGGAAGCGUCGCUCCAUGCUCAUCCCCAACGCCUUCUUCCGCGCCGGGUGCGCGGCGGUGCUGCUGUCCAACCGGCGCCGCGACUUCCACCGCGCCAAGUACCAGCUGGAGCACGUGGUGCGCACGCACAAGGGCGCCGACGACCGCGCCUUCCGCUCCGUGUACCAGGAGGAAGACGAGCAGCGGAUCAAGGGCCUGUCCAUCAGCCGCGACCUGCUGGAGGUGGGCGGGCACGCGCUCAAGACCAACAUCACCACGCUGGGGCCCCUGGUGCUGCCAUUCUCGGAGCAGCUGCUCUUCUUCGCGGGCGUGCUGUUCCGCCACCUGUUCCCGUCCAAGGCCUCCACGCCGCCGCCGCCGACCACGCCGGGGGACGCCUCCGCCGCCGCGCCAUACAUCCCGGACUUCAAGCGCGCGUUCGAGCACUUCUGCAUGCACGCGGCCAGCCGCGACGUGCUGGAGCACCUGCAGAGCAACCUGGGCCUGCGCAACUCCGACCUGGAGGCCUCCCGCGCCGCGCUGCACCGAUUCGGCAACACCUCCAGCAGCAGCAUCUGGUACGAGCUGGCGUACCUGGAGGCCAAGGGCCGGGUCCGCCGGGGCGACCGCGUCUGGCAGCUCGCCUUCGGGUCAGGAUUCAAGUGCAACAGCGCGGUGUGGCGCGCCGUGCGCCGCGUGCGCCGCCCCGCGCGCAGCCCCUGGCUCGACUGCGUCGACCAGUACCCGGCGCGCAUGGACGCCUAGUAAGUAGCUGCAAUGGCUGCUUAUAAUGUAUGAUGGUAUAGGAUGCGAUCGAUCGAUUUGCAUGCAUCUAACUGAUGAUGCAUGCAUGCACCAAGUGUUAUUACGUUGUUAAGGUACGUUUGAACUUUGGUUUGUGUAUUGUUGUUUAGUGGUUAAGAAGGGGUCAAGGGAGAGAGGGCAUACGCUGCUAGCAUAAUGGAAGUACUCCGGUCCGGUCCUGUGUGAACUUAAUUAUGUACGUGCAAUUUUAAUGUGUUUUAAUAUUAUAAGAUUUGACGCUUGGCAAUAGAUGUUCGCUGUUGUCGAUA